AUGUCUGCCCCUCGGCCACGCCCCCCCGCCCCCGGCCCCCGCACCACCACCCCCGCCGCCGCCGCCGCCGCCGCACCCGCAGCCGCCGCCACCUGCACCAAGGGACAGACGCUGGGCCGCCCUUGCACUGGAAGUUCUCGUUCGACUGUGCCUGUACAAGGCGCGUGGCGUAGACAGCCUGGGUCCGCCGCACCCGGGCCGCCCAUCCCCGCGGUCAGCCGCUCAGGCCCGCUUGCGGCGCGACCCCCCCUGCCGCGGCGGCGCUCGGGGGCGCAGGGCAUCGGGCGGGCCGUCCCCUCCCCUGCGCCCUGCCCCCGACCCCCGCCGCGGCGCAGCACACCGCCGCCCCGGGCCCUGGGGGCCCUCCGCCGCCAGGGCCACGGGCGCGGCCCCCUGGGGUCAUACGCUUUCGGUGUAUCCGGCACGGCCUCGCCUGCGUGCCGUGUUGCCUCACACUCCCUCCCCUUCGCACACGCCGUUCACACCACCGAAACCACGCCCACUCACCGCCCAUCACGCCCUCUCCCACGCCCCUUACGUCGCUACGUCCCUCCCUCAGCCAGCCAGCUAGAGGCAGCCCCCGAGGCACUCGAAGACCUUUUGCACAGCUGCUCACUCUGUAUCAACGACAUCAACAUUCAUGUAUUCAUGCUAUUCAUGAAACUGCUUGAGCCAUAUCCUGCAUGA